GCACGGCCAACAAACCGGCGGCUGCUGUCGCGGCGAGCAAGCUGUUUCUGCUGCACGAGCCGUUCGACUCGCGGCGGCUUUCCUGGCAGCGCGUGCUUCCCCGACUCCACAGCGUACUCCAGAGAGCGAUCGGCUGGAUUACACACACCUCCUCCGUCGUGCCCACCAGGAACGCUGUCAGCGGUCUUAUUCUUGUGCAACCACAGUGCUUUGAGCUUCCUUUAUUUAUUUUUUUCUCCUUCUUCCUUUUGAUUUACCGCGGUUUCCUGGAUCCGUCGGUGCUGACCCCGUGUUGGUGGUGCUGGUGCUUUUUUUGUGACUUGGGGGCUGGAGGCCCGCAUCGUCGUCGAGCGCCCGCGUGCUCCUGAGGAGAGGAUUGUGUGCAGGGCUCCGGAAAAGGGAGCUGCGACUUCAGUAUUCGUCGUCUAUUAUAGGCGACCUUACUAGGGUCGUCAAAGCAGUGCUGGUCGAAACAGCGUCGACAACACGGAUCGGAACAAUUCGGCACGGAGUAACCGCACGGGUUACAGGUCAACAUGGCGACGGCAGCGAGAACACUCGGCAGCAGCUGGUCGAGGUUUCGCCACUCGGUCCGGACGGUACAGUGACGUCAUCCGGGACAUCAUGAGCCUAGUCCUGCGAACGGAAGAGCCAGCGUCCCUGCGGCUCCCCAGACAUGCGCUUCUCAGGCUGUUCAGAGCGUGCAUACUAUGCGUCACAUUCCUGGCCGUCUCGGCGCACAUCACAAUCCGGGAGAAAGACCUGGAUGGCAAGAUGUUGCGAUUCACGCACGGGGACACAGGCUACUACACAGAGCUUCUCUUCGAUAUCCACAGAUACCAGCUGAUUGUUGGAGCAAGGGACCACCUGUUUCGGCUGUCACUGGAGGAUCUCAAGAAGCUCGAGGAUGUUGCUGUACCAGCAUCAAACACAGCUGUGCGGAGUUGUCUACUGAAAGGCCAAACAGAGGAGGGCUGUCGAAACUACAUCAAGGUGCUGCUCUCGCAUAAUGAGCGGCUAUUCAGUUGCGGCACCAAUGCCUUUGCUCCAGAAUGCACUUGGAGAGAUAUCAACUCUCUAGUCACCGUGAGGGAGAAAGUGGAUGGCAUGGGCAAAGCACCCUACAGCCCACACUCAAACAGCACCAUGCUGAUGACUGUGCAAGGUGACUACUACGUUGCAUCACCUCUGGACUUUUCAGCGAGGGACUACGCCCUGUACCGUAUCAUGGGCCGAGAGCGGUCUCUGCGCACACCCAUCUACGACCACAAGUGGCUAAGCGAGCCAAACUUUGUUGGUUCCUUUGAAAUUGGAGAGUUUGUGUACAUCUUCUACAGGGAGUCUGCCGUGGAAUUCAUGAAUUGUGGCAAAGCUGUGUAUUCAAGAGUGGCUCGGGUGUGCAAGAAUGACCAAGGCGGCCAGGUGAUCCUCAAGGAAAACUGGACAACAUUCCUCAAGGCUCGUCUGAAUUGUUCACUGCCUGGCCUCUAUCCAUUCUACUACAACGAGAUCCAGAGUGUCCACUACCUUGAGAAAGAACAGCUUUUCUAUGCAGCGUUCACCACUGGAGAGAAUAGCAUCUAUGGCUCUGCAAUAUGUGUCUUCAACAUGUCGGCUAUCAAGCACGCAUUUGAAGGACCCCUGAAGUACCAGUCCACACAAAAAUCUGCCUGGGAGCGGUCCACCACCACCAGUCAACAGUUCCAGUGCCGUGCAGUUGAGGACAACGAGAGAGUCAUUGAGGCUCAAAACUACCAAUUGACGGAUGAGGCUGUGCAACCAGCAAGCCGAAAGCCCCUGUACACUGGCGAGCUGGAAAGGCUGACUCACAUAACAGUUGACGUUGUCCCCACAAAGUACAGCUUCGAUGGAGUCCAUGUAAUUUUUGCGGCUACACUGGAAGGGGCAAUCAAGAAGCUGGUAGUUAUCCCAGGACUUCUGGAAACCUGUCUCGUUGAAGAAAUCCAUCCUUUCUCACCUAGAGAAAGGCACAUAUUCACAAUGAAGCUUCUAAAAGACACUAGCUCUCUGUAUUUGGGAACAGACAAGGAAGUACUCCGAAUUUUCGUUCACCGGUGCGAGCAGUACAGAAGUGAAGAGUCUUGCCUGGGUUCUAUGGACCCAUACUGCGGAUGGAACAAGCACCAGCUGGCAUGCACAACAGCACCCCACCUUAACCCUCUCAGCCUUGACUGGAAACAGAACCAUGCAGGCUGCCCCAACAGCAACGUGCCUGUUGACGGAGGCUGGAGUAGUUGGAGCCAGUGGGCAGAGUGUGACCAGGUUGGCAAGGACCCACCUGGCGACCACUGCCUCUGCCGGUCCCGACAUUGCACCAGUCCCACUCCAGCCAAUGGUGGCAAGCUGUGCGAGGGCUCAUCGUUAGAAGUCACGAACUGCACGCAACAUGGCCAGUGGACAGAGUGGUCUGGCUGGUCAGCGUGCUCACGAACGUGUGGUCUGGCAGUGAAGUUCCGUCGUAGGACCUGCGGGAAUCCGAGUCCUAAGCACGGUGGACGUGUCUGCCUGGGGCCAGAGCAGGAGCAAAUAUACUGCACUUCUAACCCACCCUGUCCAGCCCCUGCCACACCUGCAUCCCGUGAGAGCACCUGGUCAGAGUGGGGUGUUUGGAGUGAGUGCACAGCACAGUGCGGCAGUGGCUUCCAGUGGCGGCGGCGACGUUGCGACUCCCCCCGCGGUCGUGAGGGCUGCGGCGGUGGCUGUGACACGGACUACCGUGCCUGCAACACGCACGCCUGCCCAGAGACACGCAAGAGCUCCAACUGGACUGCAUGGGUGCGCGUCAAUGCCACAAGGGAUGGAUACUUCGAGCAGCGCUUCAGAUUCACCUGCCGUGCCAAUGUUGCCGACAGCUCAUUGCUCAGGGUUGGAAACGUUAAAAAGGAGGAGCGCUACUGUCAUGAGUCAGCAAAGAGCUGCAUGGACUCGGCAUACCUGAAUAUUGAUGGCGACUGGUCAGAGUGGGGCGAGUGGUCCCAGUGCUCAGUGCCUUGCGGAGGUGGCGUCCAGUACAGGGAAAGGACCUGCGACAACCCACGGCCCUCAGGGACCGGUGCCGACUGCCAGGGUCCUUCCAAGGAGGAACGGGACUGCAACAUCCAUCAGUGCCAGAAGCCUGAGGAAGAAGAAUGGACUGAAUGGUCUGUGUGGUCACUGUGCGACCACAACAACGAGCAGCAUCGUCGACGAACAUGCAUGAUUCUUGACCCUAACCCAACUCAGUGCAGAGGAUCAACUCGUGAAAGCCGCAUGUGCAUCGCUGGCCAAGAGACAGUUGCCGUUCUACCUAGUCUGGAGGAGCAACGUGACAGCGGAGGCAGUGGAAUCCGAACAGAGCACCUGGUGGGAGCCUGCAUCACAUGCCUCGUUCUGGGUGCACUGGUGGGAGCACUGGCCAUGUACCGCUAUACCAAGCGGCACCAGAGCCGCGACCCCCUGGCGCCAAAACACCUGGGGACACCACUGGUACAGGCCGAGGGCAACACUUACGUGCCCCACUCCCAGUACAAGAACAACUUCUCCACUCUGACCACAUCACCCGGAGGAAAGUUUCAAAAAGAAGCUACUAUCAAACGGAAUGGCUUCAGGGCGCAGAUACACUCUGACCACAAUUUCUGAGGUCACAGGAGAAAGCAAGUGGUCAAAGAGAAACUUCUGCUGCACUUGCAAAAACACCAUGCUGUGGACAGACCCGUAGCGGACAAGAUUACAGCUUGUGACUUGCUAUGCGAAGUGGAUCUGUUUGGGCUCAUCCUUUUGAGUGAAACGGCAAGGGUUCAAGAUGCAUAAGCUGAGUGAUGCUUGCAGGCAGUGAAGAUAUCUUAUAUCAGUCCUCAAGACUUGUAAAGAAAAGGAUGCCAUAUUGCACCAUGUCACUGCAACCACGUGGAAGUUGUGAACCUGCACUUCCAGCUCACAUUUCAUGCGGCGCAAAAUGUGCCCCGACAGUGAGCAGCCAAACAUGUGCUCAGUGCACACGUGCCUUAAAACGAUGCGAUUCCAAAGCCCUCAACAUAAAUUUUGCUUGAGGCCUUUUCUUCCACAACCAGAGUUCCCUGAAAAGUGAUACAGUUCACUGCUGACACGGCUACAAUGCCACACCUGCAAUGAAGUGCCUUUAAAUGAUAUUUUGCUUGCCGUGAUAAUCAUCAAUAUGUAUAGAGCCAGAAAACUGUUUGGUACAGAGGCGUCGAAGCCUAUGGCUCAAGCAGAACUCUCAGCUUCAAACAAUCUGAAUUGUGUCCUUCCACCAUCAGUGUUCACGGGCAAUGUAACACCCAACUCAAGGAGUGCAGAGAAAUCACCCAAUGAAAUAAAAAGUGACAGCAGUGACAGAAAAGCACAGGUGUGGUCAAGCAUCAUCUAAGCACUUGGUGUGCCCCUCCAGCUGCUGAACUAUUCACCGAGUGAGCAUUGUACAACACAGUUCCUGAGAAGCAGACAACUGUGAACUGCAAAACAUCACAGCCAAACCAUAACAGUGUAUCGUGAAGAACCACUGACGAAGUGAACUAAAGGGAUGUGCAGAAACCUUGUCCUAUAUUUUCCUGCAAGUGCAUGCAACGCCACAGCAGUCUCAACAGAGAGGAACACAUAAAUAGCGUAUCAAGAAUUAUAUGUGCGAUCGUUGCUUCUUGGACCCAAGGUGCAUUCAAUCUGUGCUGUAUGAACCAAGACUAUGAGGACAAGAUUGACAAUGCAGGAAACUACACUGUUGUGACUUGAGAACAUGGGACAUAAAGCAUUGUGUGCUACAUGAUCACGUCAAGCCCACAAGCACCACGCGUAUGGUGCUGUUAGUGUUUGAACUGCUGAGUGCGUAACAAAGAAAUGGUACACCAGUGACACUACACAGGCUUACAGGAGUGGUGUGUUUUAGUAGGGCCUCAGACUCAUCUUUUCAGCCCGACACCAAUGUCUUCAGUUCAUGUCUGCAUUUCUGUUUGUGUUCAUAAGACGCUUGUGCACUAAUUUGUGAGGACGUGGUGAACAACAAGAACUGUGUCUGUGACUGCUUGAUCGUGUUCUUGAACUUGAACUGCAGUGGACAGUGCAUAGCACUUCAUGUGUCUUACCAUCAACAGUUGUGUCUGUGUCUCUAGAAUGGGAAAGUAUAUAUAUAUAUAUAUAUAUAAAAACAAAAUACUAAAUACAUUAACAUGUCAAUAAUACACACUAAGUCAGCCAUUUGAUGUGAAGUCUUAUGCAAACCUUCGAUGACAGUGUAUGUGUGCUUGAUAUUCAAUUUUAACAUCAGCAGUAAUUGCAUACGCCUUAAAGCAUUUUUGUGUCCCUAUUUUCAACCUUACUUUGGGAGCUGUGCUCAAUCUAAGAAGGUUAAUUACAAAGACAAGCAACGAACUUCUCUCUGCAAGAAGAUAAAGAAAAAUAAGUACCAAUUCAACUAGAUUCCAUAAAAAUUUCAAAAUGCCUCGGCUCCGGCAAAGUAAACUUAAGUUUCAAAUGCAGACCUUGCAGUAUGCUUGGCUCUUUAACAGCCAGUCUGUUUGCUUACAUUGAAAGUGAGACCACGCCCUAUUAACUAAUCCUUCCUUCACUUGGGACCAAUACUGCAUUUGCAUUUGUAUAUAGUGUGUGCUUGUAGAUAUGCUUAGCUGUAAAUCAUCUCAGCUCAGCUGUACAGAUAGUUGGUUAUGUGGCAAAGAUGGAAGUUUAUAUACUAUGAGACACACACAAAACGUUAUUGAACUUACGCUUGUGACAGAUGUGCCAAAACAAUUUUUUUAUCACUUUUACAUUUAAUGUUCUAUAGUAGACUGGCAGUUAUAUGCGACUUCAGGGUGCAUUUUGGCAUGCUAUUUAUGACACAAAAAGCAAAGAUGUGAUCACUUUAUCCAAAAGUGGUUUGGCUAACACAUCAGAGAGCAUUCUCUCAGAUAUAUUUGGUGCCCAUGAAAUCCAUGUUUGCUCAUGUAAGUGUUUUAAACAUUACAGCACAUUAAUUAUGUAGUUUGUGAACAACACUGAAACAAGAGACCUUAUUUAAAUUUCAAAGAACCAUCUGUCAUCAAAACAUGCACUUCUGCAGAAUGUCUGCAAAGGGACAUCUUUGCUGUAUGAGCCAGCCAAAAAGUGAAUACAAUCUCCUGCUUGCAUUUGUCUUGGUAUCACAUGUAACCAGGAUAGUAGUGUCUCAUACUGCCUGUCAGUUUUACACCUUUGAAGAUGUUUUUUUUUUUUUCUUUUUUUUUAUGAAUGUGUCCUACUAAAGACAUCAGAACAA